AUGUCCGAAGAUAGCUCGCUGGUCCAGGAGGCCUUUCCGAGCUACACGGAGGAUCCCAUCAAGUUUGAAGCGGCUACGACCACACUCAAAGAUGAGGUGCUCUACAUUGUGGAAAAUGCCAUUCCCACUGUGGUGACGUUCUCUUUCCAGUUCACUUUCCAAGUCAUGGCCCCAAUUUAUUUCGCUGGCCAGCACGGCGACCAGUAUUUGGCCGCAUCGUCGCUUUCCAUGGCGAUAUUUUGGAUUACUGGCCCGGUUAUCGUCAACGGGUUCUCAACAGCAAUGGACACAAUGUGCUCGACCGCUUACGGAGCAGGUAGCUACGAUAAGGUUGGAUUGUACUAUAAAAAAUGCGUCACGAUUUUAAUCUUGGCUUUUAUACCUAUGAGCUUCUUCUGGCUCAAUUCAGCCCCUGUAAUACGUCUCACCACGGACGAUGAGGAUAUGGUGGCUCUUUGUGAUCUGUACCUGAAGCUGAUGCCGUUUUUGGCAAUUCCUAUGGUGGUGUUUGAAUGCUCAAAAAAAUUCCUCCAGUCGCAGAACAAGUUCAACGUUCCAACCAGAAUCAUGCUGCUAGGACUGCCAAUCACAUUUGCUCUCAAUCACUUCUUAUUUGAUAUUGGAUUUCUGGCUCCACCAAUCUCUCUUAUUCUGGGCUACUGGAUAAUCACGGCACUCAUUCUAGGAUAUAUUUGUUUUAUCGACGGCUACCAAUGUUGGAACCCAAACACCACGAUGCAGCAACUGUUUAGCGACUGGGCUCCCUUCUUUGACUUGGGUGUUCCAGGAGUUCUAAUGAUCAUGUCUGAGGCGUUUGCGUUCCGGAUUAUCACGUUCUUGUCCGCGAGGUUUGGUCCUCUAGCAAUUGAGGCCCAGACGAUUGUCACCACCGUCGCAUCACUUUCAUACCAACUCCCAUUCUCUGUUGGGAUUUGCUGCUCUACCAGAAUAGCUAAUUACAUCGGGGCACGCUCUGGAAACUACAAAAUGGCACUCAAAUGUGCAAUUGGCGCCGGCUGGGUGCUCAGCUUUUUCAACUUGGCCUGGAUGUCGUUGCUAAGAUACCCAAUCGCCAAGAUUUUUGCCAGAGAUGAGAAACUAAUUGAGUUAAGUGCCCGUCUGUUCAUUGUGGUAGCAAUCAAUCAGUUCCUAGAUAGCAUCAACAUCAUUUGCGCUGCGCUUCUGCGAAGCCAGGGCCGCCAAAACGUCGGUUCUGUCCUGAGUCUGUUAUGCUACUACGUGGUUGCAACCCCUAUAGGAGUGGUAGCAGCUUUCCCCUUUGGUCUGCAAGUUUAUGGUCUUUGGUUUGGUCUGGCUAUAGGAGUUGGGAUCUUAUCGAUUGCGGAACUGAUGCUGGUUCUGAAAACAGAUUGGAUGGCUAUUUUGAAAAAAUCUACUAACAUUGUAUAA